AUGGGUCUCUUAAGUCUUCUCUGCGGUCAUCGUAGGAACCGCUCCUCAGCGGACUACGGCCAGGGCGGCUACUACGGCGGUGGCCAGCAGAUGCAAGGCGGGUUCGGCGGCGGCGCACCGGGAGGGGGCGGGCAUCACGGUGGCGGCGGUGGCUUUGGCGGGCACCACGGAGGAGGUGGUGGCUUUGGCGGGCCUCAUGGCGGCGGGGGUGGCUUUGGCGGACCACCAGGAGGCGGAAUGGGAGGGGUCCAUUUGCUAGGGGGGUUUGGAGGAGGCUCUGGCGGACACCAUGCGGUAUGGGUGGCGGACACCACAGUGGUAUGGGUGGCGGUCAUCACGGUGGUAUGGGGGGUGGUCACCACGGCGGCAUGGGUGGCGGUCACCACGGCGGUCGGGGAGGUUAUUAGAUGCACCCGCUCCAAACAGUGCGAUGUAUCAUGCAUUUCGGGCAGCGAAGGCUUUCAGUCUUCCACUUGUGUAGCCCUAUUUCGGGCGUAUAUGAUCACGCUAAGUAGUCGCAGCGAAAACACCGGCCUUACAUAG